AUGUUAGUUCCUCCAGCUAACUUUGGGAUACCUGAAGAGGGGAUAUAUCGAUGCAGCAAACUCGAAACAAUUAAUCUUUCUUUUCUGGAGACAUUGAACUUGAAGACUAUCAUAUUUGUGGGAGGCCAGCUUCCGAGCAACUUCUUCAAAGAGUUUUUUGACACUUCUGGUAUUGAAUAUUUUGUUAUCAAGACUCUAGGUGACUCAAGCUCACUCAUCGCUCCCGACCAAAAGAAACGGCAGCUACACCAUAGGGAUGAGUCUUUAGUCCGUAAAAAUGGAACUGAAGACGACCUGGCCACUGAUGAAGGAUAUAGAUACUCUUUAACAGACCAGGAUGAUCUGAUGUUGAUCAAAAGUCAAAGCAUCCAGCGAAUAUUCAAGAUUAUGCUCGAUGUUUCAUACCAUAAUGUAUUAUUGGUUGAUAAGACAUCGGUCGUGAUAGGCAUUCUUCGGAAAGUACAGAAGUGGGAACUAUCGUCAAUUAUCAGCGAAUAUCGAUUAUUUACGGGGAAAAACCGCAACUAUUUUGCAGAAACGUUUCUUGAGUUGAUAAAUAUAAGGUUAAUUCAAGAUGAUACCGAGACUAAGCCGGGGGCCUCGACAUCAACUCCAAAUUCUGUACGUAGCCGAAGCCCCAAGCGAAGAAUCGCUCAACAAGAUCGACAGACAUCCUCGCAUACUGGAGAAACCCAGCUAACCACAUCACAGCAGGACCUAAACUCACAGGGCACGGUAAUAGUGCAAGAAUCAGAUCUCUUGAUGCCACCGGAGGUUCCCCAGCACAUGAUGAGCAUGAUUCAAAACAUGGAAUUAAAUACAGAAGGAAAUAUCAAGACGCAACAAAAACCACAAGGAUCAAUGGCACUAGGCAUAUUCGGAAACCGCUACAGACUAGCUUUUGAUAGAAGGGAGCGUGGGGAGUACACCUACUACGAACCUACCAGUCCUAAAGACGCCUUCUCGAUAUCUGUACCUCGAGAAGAGCUUCUUCCAACAUGGUUUAAGUACCAGAGAGACCUCUGGGACCAACAGCACGCGGUGCAAGAGCAUAAUUAUUACAAGGAAAGUAUAUUCGCCUGA